UGGGAAGACGAAUCCAUUAGUUUCAAUCUCCCUUGAAGAAUCUCGCAGGCAGCUCCAACACCAUAAGCUACAACAACUACUCAACUUAACGGUGUUCUUCAGAGAAAUGACACCCGCAAAGCAAAUUAGUAAACUUUCAAGUUCAGCAAAAUCCUUUAUUCUCAGUGGAUCGAGAUUAAAUGCAGCUAAUGGGAGUUCUCGUCCAUACACUGAUGAUGAACCUUUUGUCUCCAGACGCCAGCAACUUAGAAAUCAAGCUGCACAGACUGAAAAAACACAGUCUAAUACUGUCCUCAAUCCUUCUGUAGUUGCAAGUAUAUCACCAGGAGAGGCAAGUAACCAUGUUGUUCCUAAGAAGGUUGAUGAUUCUGGUCGGCCAUCUCUAUUGCCGAGUAAACCACUUUCGGUUAGUUAUGCAUCAGCAGUCAUUGGAAAGGAGGAGGAAGCUUCUUCAGCACCUUUUGGGGACCAGAUUUUUAGGGCAGGUGUUAAGGCGGUAAACAUUCUGUCGGAUUUAGCAAACUGUAAGCUUCCUUCAUUUGAUGGAGGAAGUGAAGUAUAUGGAUUGCCGAAAAGCUUUAUGGUGGAUCCAACUCGGCCUAUUACAAGUGUCAAGUCUUCUAAUGUGAAAGCUAUAGGAAGAGACUUUGCCAAAGCUUACCCUGGUUCAUCUUCAAAAGAGAGCAAAACUAGAAAUCAUAAUCGCAACUUCCAAGGGGGUAAGGAAGCUGCGCGAGGUGUAAUUGUUAAAGAGUUCAAACAAGUUUCAAAACCGACAACAAGUAACACAUCUAGUAACAGGACAAGCAUGCUGCAAAGAAACAAUAUUGUUUCGAACGAGUUUGUGCCAAAGUCAAACGGUUUCAGCAAAUCUUCAACAGGAAGGCAGCAUUGUAAUACCGGACACGUUGUGGAGAAUGUUUGCAGCGUUUUGAAAAGCUUCAGAUGGGGCCCUGCUGCCGAAGAGGCCCUAGAGAAACUCCGCGAUGAGAAGAAGAUUGUGAUGAAUCCACGCCAAGCAAACCAAGUCCUUAUGCAGAUGAAUGACUAUGGAAGCGCUCUUGGUUUCUUCUACUGGUUGAAAAGACAACCUGAGUUUAAGCACGAUGACUACACCUACACCACUAUGCUUGGUAGCCUCGGCCGCGCUAAACAAUUCGGCGCGAUAAACAAGCUCCUAAACGAGAUGGUUAGAGAAGGAUGUCGGCCAACUAUAGUAACCUAUAACCGUCUUAUCCACAGCUAUGGCCGAGCCAAUUACUUGAAGGAAGCUAUGAAUGUGUUUAAUCAAAUGCAAAAGUCUGGAUGCGAGCCUGACCGUGUAACGUACUGUACACUUAUAGACAUUCAUGCCAAGGCUGGAUUUCUGGACAUUGCCAUGGAUAUGCACCAGAGAAUGAACGCAGCAGGUAUUGAAACUGACACUUUUGCAUACAGUUUGAUAAUAAACUGCCUUGGAAAAGCUGGGCGUCUACCAGCUGCGCACAAGCUCUUUUGUGAGAUGGUUGACCAGGGCUUUAAACCUAACUUGGUCACCUACAACAUCAUGAUCGACUUGCAUGCCAAAGCGAGAAACUAUCAGAGCGCGUUGAAGCUUUACCGUGACAUGCAAGCCGCUGGGUUUAAGCCUGAUAAAGUGACUUAUAGCAUUAUGAUGGUGGUGCUCGGACACUGUGGAUAUCUUGAGGAAGCAGAAGCUGUUUUCGCCAAGAUGCAGGAGGAGAACUGGAUUCCUGAUGAGCCGGUUUAUGGUCUUCUUGUGGAUCUGUGGGGGAAAGCUGGUAAUGUGGAGAAGGCAUGGCAAUGGUAUCAGGCAAUGCUUCAUGCUGGUCUGCUACCUAAUGUUCCUACAUUCAAUUCCCUUCUUAGCACCUUCCUUAGGGUUAACAAGAUAACUGAAGCUUAUGAGUUGUUACAAAACAUGCUGGCUAUGGGUUUACGCCCAUCUUUGCAGACAUACACGUUACUCUUGAGUUGUUGUACAGAUGGUAGGUCAAAACUUGACAUGGGUUUCUGUGGUCAGCUAAUGGCAAGCACUGGUCAUCCAGCACACAUGUUUCUCCUCAAGAUGCCAUCUGCUGGUCCUGAUGGACAAAACGUGCGGAAUCAUGCGAGCAGCUUCUUGGACCUCAUUCACAGCGAGGAUAGAGAAAGCAAGCGAGGACUAGUGGACGCAGUAAUUGACUUUCUACACAAGUCAGGGCUAAAAGAAGAGGCGGGGUCUGUUUGGGAAGUUGCAGCGCAGAAGAACGUUUUUCCUGAUGCGUUAAGGGAGAAAAGCAGUAGUUACUGGCUUAUCAAUCUUCAUGUAAUGUCAGAGGGAACUGCAAUAACCGCGCUGUCUAGGACACUUGCUUGGUUCCGUAAACAGAUGUUAGUCUCAGGAACUGGCCCUGCUCGGAUUGAUAUAGUAACUGGUUGGGGAAGACGUAGUAGAGUUACUGGUACAUCAAUGGUGAGACAAGCCGUUGAAGAGCUGCUGAACAUGUUUGGUUCACCGUUUUUCACGGAGAGUGGAAACUCAGGUUGUUUCGUUGGAUGUGGUGAGUCUCUCAACAGAUGGUUGCUUCAGUCUUAUGUUGAGAGGAUGCAUUUGCUGUGA